AUGAAUAUCCAGUCUAAGUUGAAAAUAACCACUUCCCUGUCGCCAUAUGAUGUGUCGGUACUGAUACUGAUAUACCUUUACUGCUGCAAUCAGGCUCGCAUACCAGCCAAGAUAUUCACUAGGUUAAUUACACCUACAAUUCCACCAGCUGAGGCUAUCCCCAUCCUGGAGAAAGAUUUUCAUGGAGCUGUACGUCAGAAACCGCUUCUUCCUGUAUUAGAGUCACUGGUAUCCUAUCUAUUUGACAGUGACGAGAGGCAACUUGCAACGGAGCUGGUUUCAUUCAUUGGAUCCAUCAAAAGCUUAGACGUUGUCACUCAAUUGCUCAGGACGUUAGAACACAGCUGCCUUGGUAAGAACUACAGGUUCAUCGGCAGUAAGCAGGGCGAAAGCAAGCUCAGAAGAUUAACGAAGACUAGCUUCCUGGGUGCGUAUGUGGUAAAGUGCGUGACAAACUAUCAAGUUAGUGAGUUUGAGGAGAGGAGAGCUCUAUGGCAGAGCAUGGGAAGAUAUUUUAGUGACUUCAAGAGUACAGGUUCCUGGAGGCAGCUGGAAAAACACAUAAAACAGAUAUCUUUUCAGUUUAUGACAGGAUCCGAGCGUUAUGAGGAAGACGAUAGUAUGAUCACAUUUUUUGAAUCUUUUUGCCAAACUUCCAAGGUCCAAGAUCGUGACGUUGUAAUGAUCGGUUAUUCGCAUUUACAGUCCUUGUUGAACUGGGCGAUAAUUGAUAUGUCAGAAAACAAGUCAGAAUUAGAGCCGAGUAUCAAUAACAUAUUGAGUAUGCUUUCAUUGAAUGAAAUAACUCAUUUUCCUGCUAUUCAUGUUAUUCGAUAUUUGGAAGCUAUCAAGAAUAAUUUUUAUCAGACCGCCUUGGACGCUUUACACAACUAUUUUGACUACAUGCUGACCCGCAGCGAUAACAAAUGUUUUCACGUCUCGCUAUUAUGCUUAGGGACUUUCCACUCCCAGUCCCAUAAUUGCGCUGCGGCUGUGAAGGCUUUCGAAGAGGCUACGAAAGUUGCCCGCGAGAAUAAAGACAGCGAAACUCUGAAUCUUAUUAUGAUUUGGGUAGUCGACUUCAUUGAAAAAAACCCCGAAUACUCGGGCCACUUUCAGGUCACAGUCGAUCAGAUCGUCAGAUAUCUUAAGACUUGCAAUGACGAUGAAAGCUGUUUGGUGUUCGAACAUGCAUAUAAAUUCGAGUCUUUGCUUUUGAUGAUGGAUAAUAGCAGUUCAGUUAAAAUAUUAGAGGCUGCCUUUAAAUAUCUCGUGAUCGUGCUUCAGCGAAUCGAGGUAGGAUCGAAUUUAGACAGUGCAUUCAAACAUUGGGCCGGGGUAUGGGAACACUUGGGUUAUAAUCGUAUCGGUGAAGUAUACAGGGCCUUCAUUCGUCCUGAAAGCUCCUCAAUAAACACCGAGAUAAGGGAUGCUUUCAAGGCUCUCGAUAACAAUGACCUCGAUGAUGUACUUCGCACGUUGUCAAAAUCAAACUCUCCAAAUCUGGAAUAUGACCAGCGCAAGCAAAUAAGUUUACUGGGCAUAAGGUAUCUGAUAGCCCUGGAGGACUAUCCGGAGGCAAUGAGAAAAGUUUACCAAAAUAUCAGUGAAGCUCGAGGCAGUAUUGUCGACUCCAGGUGGAUAAUUUCUUUCGAGCUCGAGAAAUGCCGGAUAAUGCUGGCACGCGGGGUUGCAGCACGUUGUUUGGGACUUUUGAUGGAGUUAAUUAAUGCUUCAUUUCUCUCCGAAAAUCCUCUGCGGUUCUCAGAAUGUCUAAUUUUGCUUUGCGAAAUUCUCCUUGACAUGGACAAACGCACAGAAUGCCUAUAUUUACUGCGUUCGAAUUUGUCGGUAGCUCUGCAGUUUCCGGAGCUUGAGUACAGAGUUUCGAGCAUUUUAAGUGCAAUUUGA